UGUAUCUCAGAAAAAAUGGCAGGGAAUUAUGGAAUGCAACAGUUGAUCCCGAUCGUAAACAAAUUACAAGAUGCAUUCGUGCAAAUGGGCGUGCACAUGUCUUUGGAUCUUCCACAAAUUGCUGUUGUGGGUGGCCAGUCUGCUGGAAAAAGUUCAGUUCUAGAGAAUUUUGUCGGCAGAGACUUCUUGCCCCGAGGUUCCGGCAUUGUCACCCGACGUCCAUUGAUUUUACAACUUAUACAUGGCAAUGCAGAAUAUGCUGAGUUUCUGCACUGCAAGGGCAGAAAGUUCGUGGACUUCAAUGAGGUACGCAGCGAGAUCGAGGCGGAAACUGACCGCAUCACCGGAUCUAAUAAGGGAAUUUCUCCAGUGCCUAUAAACUUGCGCGUGUAUUCACCUAAUGUGUUGAACUUAACCUUGAUCGACUUGCCGGGCCUGACGAAGGUGCCCAUUGGCGACCAGCCAGCGGACAUCGAGCAACAGAUCAAGGCCAUGAUCUUCCAGUUCAUCCGACGCGAGUCCUGCCUCAUCCUAGCUGUGACGCCCGCUAACACCGACUUGGCGAACAGUGAUGCCUUGAAACUUGCCAAAGAAGUUGACCCACAAGGUCUACGCACAAUCGGCGUGAUAACGAAGCUCGACUUGAUGGACGAGGGUACUGACGCCCGCGAUGUGCUGGAGAACAAGCUGCUGCCGUUGCGACGAGGGUACAUCGGCGUUGUUAACCGCUCGCAGAAGGAUAUCGACGGUCGCAAGGACAUCGCCGCUGCGCUCGCUGCUGAAAGGAAAUUCUUUCUAAGUCACCCAUCGUACAGACACAUCGCUGACCGGCUGGGCACACCAUAUCUCCAGCGUGUGCUCAACCAACAACUGACCAAUCACAUUCGCGAUACGUUGCCAGGCCUGCGCGACAAGCUGCAGAAGCAACUGCUUACCCUGGAGAAGGAUGUCGACCAGUACAAACACUUUAGGCCUGACGAUCCUUCCAUCAAAACCAAGGCUAUGUUGCAGAUGAUCCAGCAACUUCAGACGGACUUCGAACGUACAAUCGAAGGCUCGGGCUCUGCACAGAUCAACACCAACGAGUUGUCUGGAGGUGCCAAGAUCAAUCGGUUGUUCCAUGAGCGAUUUCCCUUCGAGAUUGUUAAGAUGGAAUUCGACGAAAAGGAGCUGCGGAGGGAGAUUGCCUUUGCUAUUCGGAAUAUCCAUGGUAUUAGGGUGGGUCUAUUCACUCCCGACAUGGCGUUUGAGGCUAUAGUAAAGAAACAAAUCUCGCGACUGAAGGAGCCUUGCCUCAAGUGCGUCGAUCUCGUCGUUCAGGAACUCUCCAACGUCGUGCGCUUCUGUACUGAACGAAUGUCGCGCUACCCGCGCCUGCGUGAGGAGACGGAGCGCAUCAUCAUGUCACACGUACGCUCGCGUGAACAGCAAUGCAAGGAACAGCUCGUUCUGCUUAUCGACUGUGAGCUCGCCUACAUGAAUACCAACCACGAGGAUUUCAUUGGAUUUGCCAAUGCUCAGAACCAGUCGGAAAACGCAGUGAAAUCAGGGCAUCGAGCCGGGCUUGGAAACCAGGUCAUCAGGAAAGGAUACAUGUGCAUACACAAUUUGGGCAUUAUGAAAGGUGGUUCUCGUGACUACUGGUUUGUGCUAACCUCUGAAAGCAUCUCGUGGUACAAGGACGAGGAAGAACGUGAAAAGAAGUACAUGCUGCCGCUGGAUGGGCUCAAGCUGCGGGAUCUUGAGCAAGGCUUCAUGUCGCGCCGCCACAUGUUCGCUCUCUUUAACCCUGAUGGCAGGAAUGUUUACAAGGACUACAAACAGCUAGAGUUAUCGUGUGAGACACAAGACGACGUGGACUCGUGGAAGGCGUCGUUCCUUCGCGCCGGAGUCUACCCUGAAAAGACUUCUGAGGCAGCCAACGGAGAUGAGUUAUUUCCGCCUACCCCAGGCUUGGGUCAGAAGAAAAACUCCGAAAGUGCCGGCACAAGCAGCAUGGAUCCUCAGCUGGAAAGGCAGGUGGAAACCAUCCGCAACCUUGUCGAUUCAUACAUGCGCAUCGUGACCAAGACGACACGGGAUUUGGUACCUAAGACUAUUAUGAUGCUGAUCAUCAACAACGCCAAAGAUUUCAUUAACGGGGAACUCCUUGCACAUCUCUAUGCUUCUGGUGAUCAGUCUCAAAUGAUGGAGGAAUCCCCCGAGGAAGCGCAGAAGCGUGAGGAGAUGUUGCGUAUGUACCACGCGUGCAAAGAGGCGCUGCAUAUAAUCGGCGACGUGUCGAUGGCGACCGUGAGCACGCCGGUGCCGCCGCCCGUCAAGAACGACUGGCUGGAGAGCCGCCUCGAUUCCAACCCGCGCCUCAGCCCGCCCUCACCCGGGGGCCCGCGCCGCGCUGUGCCUGCGCAGCAAGGCUCUAUGGGCCAAAGAGGCGCUCCGCCGCCGCCUGCUGGAACUGGCCGGCCGGCACCGCCGCUGCCGUCACGACCUGGUGGCGCUGCGCCACCCCCACCCGCGGGCCGUCCUACCCCUGGCGGAGGACUCCCUGCGCCGCUCAUACCCACGCGUCCUGGCGGCGGAAGCGCGGCGGGCGCGGCAGUGGGUGCCGUGAACCAGCUGCCACCACACAUGCGGCAGCAGAUCAACCAGGCUGUCGGCCAGGCCGUCACCAACGCCGCCAUCAACGAGCUCAGCUCUGCAUUCGCCAGAUUCAACCGACCCUCCAACGUCCCUCCGAAGUUACCCGAGCGACCACAGAACGGACGGCCAUUUUGAACGCCUCUUCGCCGCCAUUUUGUGAUAAACUGCACUGUAAAUAUUUUCGUUUAUCUGUACCUAACUAGCUUAUUUUCGCCGCAUAUGCGUUUGGUCCUAUAUAAAUAAUUAUUCUUGAUCAAAAUUUUAAAUUAGGGUAUAUUUAUGGUUCGUAAUUUUUCAGUGACAUGCCAUGAAUGUGAUGUAGGUAGAAUGGAUAAUGUUUACGAAAACAAUAUAAAUAAAUUGUUGAUAUUUUUUUAACUUAAUAAAAUUACAAUGUUAAAAUUGUAAGGUACGUAUAUAUCAAUAUACAAAUGAUGUAAUGUGUUUAAAAACCUUGUAAAGCUGCUAUCUUAUAAUUUUGCAUUCCCACGCUGCGAUUUAUGUAGACGUUUAAUAAAAGUAUGUUGUGAAACGACAAUGUUACUAAUUCUUAUGACAAUAUCUGAUGAAAUUAAUUUGUUGUAUCUGUUAUUUAAUGGAUAAAAAAAUAUAAAAAUGUAGGUCCAGAUGGUGUCACUAUUUCGAUGUCUAGCAAUGUUUAAUAUGUACUUCAGUGAAUAUUUACGAAGUACGGUAUUAGGAGUAGCAAUUUUUGAAUGAGUUAGUCAUUUUCGACUGGUACAUUAAUAGUUUGUUGGAAUGGUGUGUUUGGGAUAGACUGAUUCAGAAAGAGUCUUUUUCAGAUAAAAGAUUCUAAAUGAUCCAUUGUGUUACUGUGGCAUUUAGUAUUAUUGUCUGGCGUCCGAACAAGGAGCGAACAACUGAUUGCAACGAGAUUAUAGGUGUUAAUUUAGAAUGUACUUUGAAUACAUCGACUAGAAUUAGUUAUUCACAAAUGUGUUUAGUUUAUGAGUACAGGGGUUACUGCCAAUAUACAAAUAAGUGUUAUAUUUAUAUGAUCAGUUUGUUCUUAUCAAAUAUUCUUAAUUACUAUUCACUGGCUUUACAUUUAUGUAUCAAGUACUUAUGAUAAUUUUAUUAAAUAGACUUUUAUUCAAUGAAUUUUUAAAUUUUCUUUUUCGGAAAAUUAGUGAACAAUUAUUUAUUCUGACUUAUCAUACAUUCCCUUUGCCUAUCUU